ACAAAGUCAAGAAAAGGAUGCGUCACGCAGAAACCGUGUUAUAUAUUACCACGAUUCUUCCUAAUCCUACCCGUUCAAGGUGUGAAGGCUUUGUUAUAUAUAUAUAAGACCUGUUAUAUGGAACAUUAAGAUUCAUACAGGCAGAUCGAUCGACUUAAUAAGAAAGCUAGAAAGAGGGGAAGACAGGAAAUGGCAGAUCACCAGAAAAUCCAUCCAGUCCAAGAUGUUGAAGCAGUACAACCGCACGCACCAGAGGCACCCUUGGUACCAAGAGGAUCUUCUAAAUCGGAUAAAGGAGAUCAAAUGGGCAGGGAGAUGGAGGCCGGGCAAUAUUAUUCUCCAUUCCAAGGACGUAGCAUCCCCGUGAUGCACUCGAAACCACCCAAGAAAAGAAGUUGUUUUCGUAAGUGCCUGUGCUGGACUAUCUGCCUGCUCUUGCUGCAAGUGAUUGUGGUUGCAAUCACCGGUGGAAUUAUAUACCUUGUGUUCCGACCAAAGCUUCCCAAAUAUACGGUGAGCAAACUGCAGAUAACCCAGUUCAAUCUCAACGAUGAUCAGAGCUUAAGUGCUACAUUCGAUGUGAGCAUCACUGCCCGGAACCCCAACAAAAAGAUCGGCAUAUACUAUGAAGGCGGGAGCCGCAUAAAUGUGUGGUACACAAACACUAAGCUUUGUGAAGGAGGUUUGCCUAAAUUCUACCAGGGUCACCGCAACACCACUGAACUUGUAGUACCACUCAGUGGACAAACUCAAGAUGCAAACGGCCUGCUCACCACACUCCAACAACAGCAGCAACAAACCGGCAACGUUCCGCUCACUCUCAGGGUUCGGCAACCCGUAAGGAUUAAGCUUGGCAGCCUCAAGCUCCCAAAGAUAAAGUUUGUAGUCAGGUGCAGGUUGUUGGUUGACAGUCUUUCAGAGAAUAACGAUAUUAGAAUCCAAAGCAGUAGCUGUAAGUUCAGGCUUAGGCUAUGAAGUUUCCCUAGUUCUCUUUUACAGCGUUACAUACAUACAUACAUUAUUUGAUACUGUGUAGUCCUUCAGAUGUAUUAAUUUUCUUGUGUAUUUCAUCCCAUUGAUAUUUCCCAAAUUCGAUUUUGAGGAUUUUCUUUGUAAAUUUUCCGCUAGCUAUUUCAUAAGUAGCGGAUGAUUGAUUCUAGAAUUUCUAUCUAUAUGAUACCUAUGUCGUUCUCAUA